AUGAGCAACAAAAAUAAUUCAUCUAAAAAUAAUAAAUUUAAUGAUGAAGGUAAAAACAACAAUAGUAAUAAUGCCGAUACUAAUGGGCCAGAAAAAAUAAUUUCUGAUUGUCUUUAUAGUGUGCUGGGGGUGAAGAGGGACGCGGAAGAGACAGAAAUUAAAAAGGCUUAUCGACGCCUUGCACUUAAAUGGCACCCAGAUAAAAAUCCAGAUAAGAAAGAACGAGCUGAACGAAAUUUUAAAAGAAUUGCACAAGCUUAUGAAGUGCUUUCUGAUGGAAAGCGUCGAGCAGAAUAUGACAAACACGGAUUAACUAAACCAACAACAAAUAACCACCACAAUAAUUACCAAAGAAGACGAACAACACCAGCAGAUGCCCAUCAUCAUUUCUUUCCCAGUGGAAUGUUUCGUUCCCCUUUUGAUGUUUUUCGUGAAUUUUUUGGGGAUCCUUUUGCUGAUCCUUUUCAUUCACCUCUUUUUGGCUUUGGACGGGAAAGUGGUGCAGGAAUGAGAAGUAGACGAAGACACACAACAAAUUUAUUUGGUCCAUUUACAACAGAUAAAGACGAAAAUAAUUGUGAGUUUUCUACAGUUAUUAGAUUCAGUACAAGUACAAAAGAACCCGGAAAAAAGCUAAAAAAGACGAUUACACAAACACGUGUUGUUAAUGGAAAAAGGAUUAUAACAAAAAGGACGGAGGAUGAUGGAGAAGAGACAGUAGAAGUAACGGAGAAUGGGGAUGUCCAGUUGAAAUAUCUGUUUAAUAAAAGAAGAAAAGAAAAAAAAAUAAUUUUAUAUAAUUUGCCAUCCCUUCCUGCCCAACCAAAUACUUUUUCCUCAAGAAAAGAAAUGACCGAAAAUAUUUCGCUGCCCUUUUUAAUUUUUCUAAACAUCGUGUUUUUUUUUAAUUUUAAAGUUCUUUCAAUUUAAUUAUGUAAAUUCCAAUUUUUAUUGUUUUAUAAAUAAAAAGUUUUGAUUUUUUGUUUAAAUUCUGUUUAGUCUUAUUUUACUGGACAUAUUAAUUUUUCUUUAAUUUUGUUUUAGUUGAAACAUUUGGUUGAUAUUUAAAUAAUUAUUUUUGGAUGUUUAGAGUAUUUUCCCAGCUAAAUAAGAAAAUGAAUUUCACUCAAAUAGUUAGGCAUAAACUUCUUGGAGAAGCUUUGUUUUUUGAUUGGAUUCUGAUGGGGAAUUACAGCAGGCUACUUAUG